AUGCAUCACAUCGGCGGCGACGCAGAUUUGGAGUCCCAAAAACCCUCCCCGCAAUUGAGUUCCCCUCACGAUUCAGACACAGACGAAGAGUAUAAACCAGCACCACCAGCAUCACCCGGAUAUGCUCUUGCUUUCUGGCGAAAAAGCCUUAUUUUGUUUGUUGUCAGCUGGAUGACGUUGGCGGUUACAUUUUCCAGUACUUCGUUGCUUCCCGCGACUCCUGAGAUCGCAACUGAGUUUGGGACUACAACGGAGAUUCUUAACGUUAUCAAUGCCGGAGUACUGAUUGCUAUGGGCUUUUCUUCGUUCAUCUGGGGUCCCAUAACGAACAUUUUUGGGCGUCGGAUGGCUUAUAACGCAGCCAUCAUCAUCCUUUGCGGAUGUUCGGCAGGGACUGCCGUUGCGAUUAACUUGCACAUGUUCAUCGCUAUGCGACUUCUCAGCGGAUUCACUGGGACUUUUUUCAUGGUUGCUGGGCAAACUAUUAUUGCUGAUAUUUUUGAGCCAGUCGUCCGUGGAACUGCAGUCGGGUUUAUGAUGGUUGGAUCAGUCAGUGGGCCUGCCAUCGGCCCCUGUAUCGGUGGAAUUAUCGUUACCUUUUCCCAGUGGCGCAUUAUCUACUGGCUUCAAUUCGGCAUGACUUUACUUGGCCUCGUUCUUUCCAUUCUUUUUGUGCCAAAAAUUGGGGAAAAGAGCACCUCCACUUCAGGACAGUCACGAAACAUAUCUCGUAUUUUGAGAAUGUUCAACCCUCUCCUCAUUUUUCGCCCAUUCAUCUACCCAAACGUGUUUCUGUCUCACCUCACCUGUGGCCUUCUCGCCACCUUCCAAUACGCGAUUCUUACCUCUGCUCGCUCAAUCUUCAACCCGCGCUUCAACCUGACUACUCCCCUCGUUAGCGGUCUAUUCUAUCUCUCGCCGGGAAUAGGCUUCUUGAUAGGAAGUGUUGUUGGCGGAAAAUUGUCCGAUCGCGCAGUCAAGAAGUGGAUUGUCAAGCGUAAUGGGAUACGCCUCCCUCAAGAUCGACUAAACAGCGGCCUCAUUACUUUGAUCGUUGUACUCCCUGCUUCGACACUGAUCUAUGCAUGGACUUUGCAACAAGAAGUAGGCGGAAUGCCUGUGCCGGUCAUCAGUGCUUUUGCGGCAGGUGUUGGAUUGCUCGGAACAUUUAAUGGGCUUAACACAUAUUCAGCUGAGGUCAUGCCGCAUCUCCGAUCGGAAGUGAUUAGCGGCAAAUACGUUGUGCAGUAUAUAUUCGCUGCCGCCGCGACAGCAGCAGUUGAACCAUUGAUCAAUUCUAUCGGGGUGGGCUGGACAUUUACAAUCUGUGUCUUUUUUGCCCUCAUCGGCGGGCUUUUUGUUUGGAUCAUUACGAAGUGGGGAAUUAACAUGCAAAGAUGGGUUGAAGAAAAAUUGGGCGAGGACGAAAAGCCAACAUAA